AUGUAUAUUCAACCAACAUCUUAUACAAUUUCAUUAGCAUCAACGAAUACUGCUCAAGGAAUGCAUACACCGUUGUCAACAACGUCAAAUAAUAAUACAAUACGCUUAUCACAAGAACAUCGUGCACGUCUUUAUCAAAUAGUAAAUGAAUUAACUGAUGAUCAAUUACGUUUAUUUCUUACAAAUCAUAUACAAUCUAUAUCAAAUACAACACUAAAUAAUCAAUUUCAACAUUAUUCACGCACACAAUUAAUUCAGCAAACAUAUAUUCUUAUUGAUAAUUAUUAUUCAGUGGAUCUUGAACAAACACUUUAUGCAAUGAGACAAAAACGUUUUCAACCUGAUUAUCAACAACAGCAACAAAUAUAUCGACCCCCACCACCACCGUCACAACAACAAGCACAACAGCAACAGCAAACUUAUGCUACAUCAUAUAAUCCACAACCAUAUUAUUAUACUCAACAAACAAUACCAUAUAGUAUUCCACCGAAUUAUCGCCUUCCAACACCAUCAAAUGUUCCACAACAAUUAAGACCAAUACGACCGAAUUCUAGCACCGGUCAACCUGCAAAUGUUCAUAAUCAACGUUCUCAAAAUUCUCGUUCUCAACAACAACAACAACAACAACAACAGCAGCAGCAGCAACAACAACAGCAACAACAACAACAACAGCAACAACCUCCAUAUUUUCCUUCAAUUUUAUCUCGUCAACAAUAUAUUCAACAACCACCAACAGCUACUGCAACAAUAACCAAUGGUUCAUCAUCAUCUGGUAUUCCUCGAUAUCAAGUUCCAAUAUUACCUCCGCCACCAUCAAAUAUGACCCGACCAAUUCUUCCGACUUCAUCAUCAAUAUUAAAUAUAAAUCAUAAAACUUUACCAUUUUAUCGUCCAUUAACAUGUGUUUAUGAAUGCUAUCAUGUAUUUCGUUAUGAUACAUAUCGUAAACAAUACUUUUCUCGAAAUGAUUUUGUUUUAUCACUUGAUGUAUGUAAUCAAUUAGCAUUAUCAUAUGAUUAUGAUUCUGAUCUUGAUAUUCAUAAAACAACAAAAUGUUUAAUUAUGCGUCUUGUACGUAUUGAUCAACCACCUAUGUCAAAUGGUAAAUAUGAUGAUCAUCUACCACCAAAUAUAGUUAUACAUAUAAAUUCACAAAAUGUAACUAAUUUACCAACACCAAAACCAUGUACAAGACAACAAACUGAUUUAAUUCGUAUUGGACGUGAAAUUGAUAUAACAUCAUAUUGUAUGUUCAAUCCAAUAUUAAAUAAUGAAUUAACAAUGACAUGGUCAUAUCGUCAAGAUAAUACAAAUUUACAUUUGCAAUAUGUUAAUGCACAAUAUGCAUUACAUAUAUUUCUUGUACAACAUUUAAAUAUUGAAGAUUUAUGUGAACAAAUAAGAAAUAAAUCAGCAAAAUUUUAUCGUGAAGAUUUAGUUAAAUUAUUAGCUAAAGCAAUUGCAACUGAUCGUGAUCUUGGUUUAGAAGUUAGUGAUCAAAAACUAAAAUUAAAAUGUCCUAUUGAUCAAAGACGAUUGAAAACACCAAUACGAGCAAUCACUUGUCAACAUUUACAAUGUUUUGAUUUAAAAAAUUAUAUUGCUUUAAAUGAAAAAGCUGGUAAAUGGAUAUGUCCCGUAUGUAAUAAACCUGCUUUGUUUGAUGAUUUACAAAUUGAUUCGUAUACUGAAUCAAUAUUAAAUUCAAUUGAAAAUGAAAAUGUAACUGAAAUAACAAUUGAUAGUAAUUUAAAUUGGGCACCUGUAACAUCAUCAUCUUUAAUUAUUGAACAACAACAACAACAGAUAACAUCAAAUAUUCAUGAUAUUAUAUUAGAUGAUGAUCAAAUUGAUGAGAAACAUCAAGAACUUGAUUCAAAAUUACAUAUUCAAUUAAUGCCAUCAUCAACCAAUGGAUCAACUGAUGUGAUUCUUAUUGAUGAUGAUUAA